AUGAUGUUAAAGAAAUUAGUUAAUAAUCCUCGAAUAUUUUUAACAGUCGUUGCAAAACGUUCAUUAAAUAUUCAAUCUAUUGAUCAUAAUCUUGGUGAUCGAAUGAAAAUGUUAAAUGAUAAUAAACAAUAUUUACAAACAUUAGAAUUAAUCGAUAAACAUAUAAAUAAUAUUGAAAAAUGUUCAAACUGGAUUAUUAUACAAACUCUAAAAGCAUGUAGUGAAUUACGUGAUAUUCAACGUGGUUCAAAUAUUCAUAAUUUAGUUUCAUCUCGAUUAAAACAUGAUCCAUACAUAUUACCGUCGUUAAUACACUUCUACAGUUAUAUAAGAAAUAAUCAAGCAAAAAAAGCAAUUGAUCUUUUUAGUGAAAUAAAUAAUCCAGAUAAAAUUAUUAUCAAUCUUUUAUUUAAUGCAUGUGCUCAAUUAGGAACAACUAAAGAAUUAAAUUUAAUAAAAAAAGUUUUAUCAAAUAUUUCCGAAUCUUUUCAUUCAGAUCCAUUUAUUCAAACAUCAUUAAUUGAUGCAUUAAUGAAAUGUGGUGAUAUAAAUUAUGCUCAAUUAUUAUUUGAUAAAAUAAAAAGAAAAAAUUUAUACAUUUAUGGAGCAAUGAUGAAAGGUUUUAUAAAAAAUAAUAUGGCUAUUAAAGCAAUUGAUAUAUUCAAUGAAAUAAAAAAUCCCAAUGAAGUUAUCGUUAAUUUUUUCUUUAAUGCUUGUGCACAAUUGAGAAAUAAUCAAGGAUUAAAUUUGAUAAAAAACGUUCUAUUAAAUAUUCCUCAAAGUUUUCUUUCGGAUUCUAAUCUUUUAACAUCUUUAAUUGAUGCAUUGAUGAUAUGUGGUGAUAUAAAAACAGCUGAAACAUUAUUUGAAAACUCUAAAAUGAAAACAUUAUCUAUGUAUAGUGUUAUGAUGAAAGGUUUUAUAAUAAAUAAUAUGGCUAAUAAAGCAGCUAAAUUAUUCGAUGAUAUUAAGAAUCCGAAUGAAAUUGUUAUUUGUCUUUUAUUUAAUGCAUAUGCUCAAUUAGGAACAACUAAAGAAUUAAAUUUGAUAAAAAAAAUUUCAUCAAAUAUUUCAGAUUCUUUUCAUUCGAAUCCAUUUAUUCAAACAUCAUUAAUUGAUGCAUUAAUGAAAUGUGGUGAUACAAAUUAUGCUCAAUUAUUAUUUGAUAAAAUAAAAACUAAAAAUUUAUACAUUUAUGGAGCAAUGAUGAAAGGUUUUAUAAAAAAUAAUAUGGCUAUUAAAGCAAUUGAUAUAUUUCAUAAAAUUAAAAAUCCUGAUCGGGUUAUUUAUCUUCUUUUAUUUAGUGCUUGUGCACAAAUAGCCACAGAAGAAGCAUUAAAUUUGACGAAAAAAAUCUCAUCAAAUAUUUCUCAAGUUUUUCUUUCGGAUUCUAGUCUUUUAACAUCUUUAAUUGAUGCAUUGAUGAUGUGUGGUGAUAUAAAAACAGCUAAAUCAUUAUUUGAAAAAUCAAAAAUGAAAACAAUGUCUAUGUAUAGUGUUAUGAUGAAAGGUUAUGUAGUAAACAAUAUGGCAACUAAAGCAAUUGAUAUUUACAAUAAUAUUCGUAAAGAUGAAUAUCAAAGAGAAAAUAAUCAUAGCAAAAUAUCGGAUUUAUUUAAUGUAAUAGAAAAUGAUUAUUCUCAAUCAGAUAUAACUAUUUACCUUUGGUUAAUCAAAGCAUUAUCUCAAAUAGCUAUUUUUUCAAUAUCACAAACGUUUGUUAAACAUAUUCCAAACUGUUAUCUUAGGAAUAAUCGAAUUCGAAAUUCAUUAAUCAACAUGUGGGGAAAAACUGGUUCUAUUGAUCAAGCAGAACGAAUUUUUAAUAAUAUAUCUCAAUUUGAUCAUGUUGGAUAUACAGCAAUGAUUAAUGCUUAUGGGUUAAAUGGUAUGGGUAUGCAAGCAGUAGAACUCUUUCGUAAAAUGCCAAAAGAAUUUAUUGAUGAAUCGGCUUACGUUUGUGUUUUAAAUGCUUGUUCACAUUCAGGACUCGUUGAUGUAGCUCGUUCAAUCUUCAACAAUAUUUCAAUGAAAACAGAUUUUAUCUAUACAACUAUGAUUGAUUGUCUUAGUCGUGCUGCUAUGUUUGAAGAAGCACAACAAUUGAUUGAUGAAUUUGAAUAUCAUCAUGCGCCUGUAUGGUCAAUGUAUAUGGCAAUAUUGUCCGGUGCACGUAAUGAAACAAAUACUAAUUUAUCACAGAAAAUUUUUGAUCGCAUGAAAAAUCUUUUUCCUGAAUUAAAAAAUUCAUUGGUAUCAGCUUCAAUUCUUCUUUCUAAUGUUUAUGCAUCAUCAGGUGAUAUUGCAAAGGCAUCAAGCAUAAGAAUUCAAUUAGAAAAAUCAGGUGCAAAGAAAAAAAUCGGUUUAUCAAUCACUGAAAUCGAUGGAAAAAUCUUGCAAUUUCGUGCUCAUGACCAAUCACAUCCUCGAUCAUCUGAUAUAUAUAUUGAGGCUGAUCGAAUAUCAAAAGAGCUUAUUAAAUAUGGUCAUGAAUAUGAUUCAAGUUGGAUAACACGACCAAUGCAACCUGAUGAAACAACUGAAUCAAUUCUGUGCGGACAUAGUGAAAGGUUGGCUAUUGCAGCUCAUUUUAUUGAUAAUCGAAAACCCAAAACAAUUCAAAUUACGAAAAAUCUUCGUAUUUGUCGUGAUUGUCAUCGAGUGACAAAAUUAAUUGCUGCUCUUCGUCAAUGUGAAAUUGUGGUUCGUGAUGCAAAUCGUAUUCACCGCUUCUAUACAAAUGGACAAUGCUCAUGCAAUGAUUAUUUUUAA